CAGGGGACAAUAUGAGAAUAAAUAAACUUAUGGGGUUUUAUUGUGAACUUACUCUCUUCCAGAAAUUAAAAACCCUAACAAAACCCAAGGUUAGAAAUCAAAACCCCUCAUCCCUUUCGAAGCUCACUGGCAUUUCUGAAUACCCUCGCGAUACAAAGAUUCGGAUACAAAAAAUGACCAAUCCAAAGGUUUUUUUUGACAUACUGAUUGGCAAAGCAAAAGCCGGACGGAUCGUGAUGGAACUAUUCGCUGAUGUCACUCCAAAAACCGCCGAAAACUUUCGCGCGCUCUGCACUGGUGAAAAAGGACUUGGAACUUGCGGAAAGGCAUUGCACUAUAAAGGCUCAGCCUUCCAUCGAAUCAUUCCAAACUUCAUGUGUCAAGGUGGGGAUUUCACUAGAGGUAAUGGAACUGGAGGAGAAUCAAUCUAUGGUGCAAAGUUUGCAGAUGAGAAUUUCAAGAUCAAGCACACGGGUCCCGGGGUGCUCUCGAUGGCGAAUGCGGGACCCAAUACUAAUGGGUCUCAGUUUUUUAUUUGUACUGAUAAAACUUCGUGGCUUGAUGGGAAACAUGUGGUGUUUGGGAAGGUUGUUGAUGGGUAUAGUGUUGUGAAAGAGAUGGAGAAAGUUGGAUCGGAUGGUGGUACCACUUCUGCUAAAGUUGUUAUUGAAGAUUGUGGUGAGGUUAAGGAGAAUUGAGAAAUUAGUUUUUUUAUUUGGUAGUCGUUCAAACUUAGCAUAUUUUGUAGCUUGUUUUGUUUAUUACAACCUGCAAAUGGAUCUUUUAUCGUUUUAAACUUUUUGUGAAACACGAAUAAAAUAAGGAUAUAAUUUCUCGAGUA